AUGCCGCUGGUCAAGACGUCAAGCACCAGCAUGCCGCUGGUACACCCGUUGAAGUCAAAUCCACUCUUGUCCCCGCCGCCUCCACGACGGCCGUCCAGAGCGCAUUCUGAGCACAAUAAUCUGCUCGCCCACGUCUUGCACCAACACAUGAUGGCUUCGUCCAGCCUGCCAGACUCGUCUGCCAUUGUCGACGACUCUGACGCGACCCCGACUCAGGCCCAUGACAACGCUGAGCCCAAUCUGAACCUCGCCGUCCCUUGCCAAGACAACAACGACGACUCGAACCGUCCUUCGUUUUCGCUCUACCAAUUGGGCUCUGCCUUGUACGGCCGUGCCAGGGGUGCCCCUACCUCGACCACCACAUCACCGAGAGCCAGCGUCUUUGCUUCCUUCCCUCGCCAACCUCCUCCAAGCUCAAAUGCCAAUCCUCGUGGCAGAACUCCCCAAUCCCGAAGAGUCAGCAGUAGCACAGUCAACAGCGCAAGUCCCAGCACAGAACGUCCCGAACAAGACAAGCCUGUCCCCAUCGGCAAGAUUGGUAUCUGCGCCCUCGACAGCAAGGCCAGGAGCAAGCCCAGUCGCAACAUCCUCAACAGACUCAUCAAGGAGGGCGAGUUUGAGGUCAUUGUCUUUGGCGACAAGGUCAUUCUGGACGAAGAUGUCGAGAACUGGCCCGCCAUAGCAUACGCCAAGCUGCGCAAACCAUUCUGUGUCAACGACCUGCCCAUGCAGACCAUCCUGUGGGACCGCCGUAUCUGCCUACAGAUCCUCACAAAGCUCAACGUCCCCACCCCCGAUCGUGUCGAAGUCAACCGUGAUGGAGGUCCCAAGGUCCAGUCCGCCGACAUUGCCCAGAGAUGUUUUGAAAAAACCGGCCUUCGUUUUCCAGUAUUGGGCAGCCAGCCCGAGACCGAAGCACAACAAACAGCAGAUCCUGUAGUCGAAUUGCUGGACGACGGCGACACCAUCUCUGUCGACGGCAAGACUCUGACCAAGCCCUUUGUCGAGAAGCCCACGGACGGAGAAGAUCAUAACAUCCACAUCUACUACCCUAAGAGUCAAGGUGGAGGUGGCAGAAGACUGUUCCGCAAGGUCAACAACAAGAGUUCGGAAAAGGACGAGACUUUGACCGUGCCCAGAUCCAUCUCGGAGCCUGGAAGCAGCUACAUCUACGAGCAGUUCCUUAAGGUGGAGAAUGCAGAAGAUGUCAAGGCUUACACUGUCGGUCUCGACUACUGCCAUGCCGAAACCAGAAAGUCUCCCGUCGUUGACGGCGUGGUCAAGCGCAACCCCAACGGCAAGGAAGUCCGCUACGUGACUAGCCUCAACAAGGAGGAAGCUGGCAUGGCUUCGAGAAUCGCUGAUGGCUUUGGACAGCGCGUCUGUGGUUUUGACUUGCUGCGUGUCGGUGACAAGAGCUACGUUAUCGACGUCAACGGCUGGAGUUUUGUCAAAGACAACAAUGACUACUACGACAAGUGCGCCAAUAUCCUCAAGAGCAUGUUCAUUCGCGAGAAGGUCAGGCUCGAGAACAAGCAGCAGCAACAGGCACAACAACAGCAACAGCAACUCACCUCUGCGCCUUCGUCUGCGGGUGAAGACAACUACGAAAGAGAAGCUCCCGGUACUCACCGCAAGGCUACUGUCUCCAACCACCGCAGUCAUCUCAAGUCAGUCUUCCGCUCUGCAAGCGCAAACAGACUGCGGGACUUGGCCAACAAGAAGCCUGGCUCACCCGAGCUGUCUCAACUGCCUUCUCCCAUCACCUCCCCACCAAGCUUCGGAAAUCUCCCUCCGCCUCGCAGCCCUGGCAUCCCUCAGGACAGUCAACUUCCACCACCCGCGAUGCCUGACGAGAAUCACCAAUACCAAACUCUGCAAGAGUCCAUCCACGAAGCCGAAGAACAUGCUGAGCAUGUGCCUGCGCCUGCUUCCAAGUCGCAAUGGAAGCUCAAGGGUAUGGUUGCCGUCAUCCGUCACGCCGAUCGUACCCCCAAGCAAAAGUUCAAGUUCACCUUCCACACCAAGCCUUUCGUCGAUCUGCUCAAGGGCCACCGCGAGGAAGUUUUGUUGGUUGGUGAGGCCGCUUUGAAGAGUGUGCAAGAAGCCGUACAGCAGGCCCUGCUCGAGGGCGAAGAAGACCAAACCAAGCUUCGUACCUUGUCUAAUGCUCUGGACAAGAAGGGCAGCUGGCCGGGUACAAAGGUCCAGAUCAAACCCAUGUUCCGCAAGAGGAGACAAGAAGAGUUGCCUGCCGAACUCCAGGACAAGGUCACUGUCGAUGAGCACGGUAACGCCAAGCCCAAGCCAACCCCCCUUCAGGGCGAUGAAGCCAAUCACUCACGGGGAGACUCCAUGGCAGACGUGACUCUUUCCAGAAUCUCUGCUGCUGAGAACAAUCUUGUGCUUGACAAGUUGCAGCUUGUUAUGAAGUGGGGUGGUGAGCCUACUCACUCUGCUCGCUACCAGGCUCAAGACCUCGGUGAAAACAUGCGCAAUGACUUGCUCCUCAUGAACAAGGAUGCCCUACGCGAUGUUCGUGUCUUCUCAUCCUCCGAGCGUCGUGUGUCCACCAGUGCUCAAAUCUUCACUGCUUCUUUCUUGGACCAGAAGGAGCUCGACCCUGACUUUAUCUCAGUUCGCAAGGAUUUGCUCGAUGACUCGAACGCAGCCAAGGAUGAGAUGGACAAGGUUAAGAAGAAGCUGAAGGGUCUUCUCCGCCAGGGCAAACAAGCACCCGAACAAUUCGCAUGGCCGAAGGACGGUACUCCCGAACCGUACCUGGUCGUUCGCAGUGUCGUUGAAUUGAUGAAAUUCCACCGUCGUGUCAUGCUACAAAACUUCAGCAAACUCCGGCCUGAAGGUGCGGGAGGAGCCACCAUCAAGAGUCCUCCUAGCAAUGCUUCUUCGGCCAGUCUUGCAGACAGCAUCCCAGAGAGUGUUGACCCCAAGCAGAUCCAAUCUAGAUGGUGCUGCGGUGAAGACGCCUCAUUGUUCAAGGAACGCUGGGAGAAGCUCUUCAAGGAAUUUACCGAUGCCGAAAAGGUCGACCCUAGUAAGAUUAGUGAGCUUUACGACACGAUGAAGUUUGAUGCUCUGCACAACCGACAAUUCCUUGAAUGGGUGUUCACUCCCAGCAGCGACAUGGUUGACGACGAUCAGGAACGCCCGGAUACUAUGAAGCGUACUGCCUCUGCGGACAUGAGAGAAGAAUUCGGUCAGACCCAUGAAGGCCUUGCGCCCACGAAGGAGCAGUCUGCUGGUGAAAAGGAUGCUCAAUCUACCAAGCAGCAAGGAGAGAAGGACAAGGGUGAUGACAAGGAUAAGCUGUCUCACAUGGCAAGCCUGAGAAGACGUUCAGAGAAUGCUUCUACCACUUUCAAGAAUGCGCAGGCAACUUUGGCUAAUCGUGUCUCUGGUCACCCUGAAUCAUACUUCGCGCUCUUCACUGGCAACAAAGAUCUUCCCGAAUCCAAGGCAAAGAUCGACGCCCGUCUGGAAAAGCUGAGAGAGCUGUAUCGUUUCUCAAAGGUUCUGUUCGAUUACAUUGGUCCUCAGGAGUAUGGUAUGCUCGAGAGCGAGAAGCUGGAGAUUGGACUCUUGACAAGUUUGCCGUUGUUGAAGGAGAUUGUAACGGAUCUGGAAGAAGCAUCUGAAGACGCCAAGUCUUUCAUCUACUUCACCAAGGAAUCACACAUCUACACUCUGCUGAACUCCAUCAUCGAGGGUGGUGUUCAGACAAAGAUUGCCCGCAACGCCAUCCCCGAACUCGACUACCUCUCUCAAAUAUGUUUCGAGCUCUACGAGUCACAGAACGAAGCUACCACCGACGACCCUGAAGGUAGCUGCUUCAACUACAGCAUCCGUAUCACUCUUUCCCCUGGUUGCCACGCUUUCGACCCCCUGGAUGUCCAACUGGACAGUAAGCACUGUAUCGGUUGCAGCACUCGAAGAAGCUUGACCCCUCACGUGGAGUGGAAGGAGGUGCUCGAGACGCUGAGGGCCAAGUUCCAUACUGUCAAGCUACCCAAGAGUUUCUUGGCUGUGAACUUGAGUGAGAAGGUCCCUCAGGCAUUUGCGCCGCAAGUCAAGGAGGAGGAAGGUUCUGCUGGCGAGGUGGAGCCCAAGGUUGUGGGCGUGGAGGCUAGUCCCAUUGCUCCUGCUCACCAGCCUUGA